GAUUCAUCUUUUAAAAUCCAGAUAUAAAUAAAUAAAUCAAAAAUAAGUUGAAUUCGUGGAGGUUCAUGAGUCACUUUAGGUUUGUAAUCAACUGGGUUUUGCGUGGAUUUUACAUUUGAAUGUUCAGGACCAAUUAGUCAAUCCAAGUAACCUUUGGCAGAAAAAAAUAUGCAUUCAAGAAUGGCAGUAGAAACAAGUACACCGUUAAAAGAAGCGCUUUGUGCUCAACAGCAACUUCUGCAAAAACUUUAUAAUGAACUGGAAGUAGAAAGAGAAUCCUCUGCUACAGCAGCUAGUGAAGCAUUAGCAAUGAUACUGCGUCUCCAAGGAGAAAAAGCUGCUGUAAAGAUGGAAUCUGAGCAAUACAAAAGGCUGUCAGAGGAGAAAAUGUAUCAUGCUGAGGAAUCUAUGGAAAUAUUUGAAGACUUGAUCCAUCAAAAAGAAAUGGAAAUCGCUAAUUUGGAUUACCAAGUUCAAGCCUAUAGAUACAAACUAUCAAGCUUAGGGCUUGAAGAAAUUGGAUCAAACGAAAUAACAUUUCCCGAAAAUUUGUUGCAGUUGAAUGAAACUUCUGUGGUAGAAACAAGUCCAGAGAAUCUUUUGAGGAGAAAUUCUGCACCACCAAAACUUCUGAAAAUGGCAUAUCUGAAAAGGGGUAAUCUUGAAAGAAAUAGAUCUGUGAGUCCAGACACUGGUAUUGUUUCAAAAACAGUCGAGGAAAGUGGAGGGGAAGAUGAAAGUUAUCAAACAUUGGAUUCAGAGAAACAUACAGAUGGGAUUACUUCGUAUUGGGAUCAGAUUCGCAAGUUAGAUAAGAUAGUUGAAGAAAUGGCAGGAGAGCAAUACGUGAAUAUGAGGGGUAGAUCUUCAAGAUCGUCCUCUGCAUUUUCUGAAAUUAAUGAAUUGGAACAAGCUCAAAGUUUGAAAAGGCCAAUGGAUGAUGAGAUGCUAUCAGAUGCUUGUUCUUUGAAGGUUCAUGAUGUAUUUGAAGUCCCUGAAACCAAUGAAAAUCUUUUGGGGAAUGAAAAACUCGCAAAAGGUAAUGGGAAAUCAAUCUGGAAAGAUGAAAAUAAGGUUGAGAAACUAGCAACUUUUCCAGAAGAGGAUACGAAAUUGAUGAAUCUCAAAGAUAUGCAGGUUUUCUUGCCUCAAGAUACUAUCGUUGUCAAUUGUCACAUGGCCAUUGAUGAUGGGUCAUCUCAACAAGUGAAUACUACGACAGAGAUAACAGAGAGUGAGGGGCAAGAUGUGAGAUCACAAGAAGUUGACUCUGCAGGAAGGGAAGAGGUGUUGAGAUUGUUAUACGAGAUUAAUGAGAAAUUAGAUUGUAUACAAUCGGAGAUUAAAAGUGGAAAAAUGAUACAGAAGAAACCAUCUCCGAACUUUGACUUACCUAUGCUUCAACUUACAGAGGCAAUGCUGCAUUUUUGGCUCUGAUGUGAAAAACCAAGUUCCUAAUUGAUGACCUGGUGAUGAUAUUGCUGCUACUUGAAAAUUUCAGCUACCAUGCAAGUGUUUGUUUCCUUCUAACUACGAGGUUUGGCGUGUAAAGUGAGCGAUUGUUGUGAUUUUGAUUGCUUGGUAGCUUUGUAUAUUUGUAUGUACUGCAUAUAUACUUGUACAUACGAUCAUGUUAGCCUGUUAAAGGUAUUGGGAGUUGCAGUUGCUGAGAAAGUUAACUCAGAGGAGGUGGGAUUGUUACUUAAAAUGCUUAUGGAAAGCAAUCUGUACUUCUGUAGUGUUGCUUGAUUUUUGGACCAUAGUAUUUGGUUUAAUGCAGCGUGUUACAACUA